AGGCAACUUUAAGAAAAAUGGUCCUGUCAGCCCAACAGAUAUCCAGAUGGCUCAACUCAAGUAAGUUGAGUAGCUUCAUGACUGCUCUGCAACUCAGAAAACAUUUUCAGAGACCAGGAACAACAUUGUCGUGUGGCAUUUUUGCUCAGCCCCAUGUGUCCUCUGAGGGUUGCUUUCUCCAGUGGGGUUUUAGGACUUACAGGACUUCCUCCCUGUGGAAUAGUUCCCAGUCUGCCGACUCAAGUAGGCAAGAGAUUAAUUGUGCCCAAAGCACUUUGCUUCCUUCCGUGAAUGAGCCGUCACAGAGGACACCAAAGAUACCCGGCCUUGAUUCUGAGAUGUCUCUAGAAGGACUGGACGAUGUGCCUCCGUUGUCCCCAUUGCAGCCGAUUUCUGAUGAGGAGGCUGUUCAGAUUAUCGCAGGCCCUCCUUUGCCCCCAUCUUCAGUCACACUUCGAGACUAUGUGGAUCAUUCCGAGACUCUGAGGAAGUUCGUGCUUCUAGGAGUGGAUUUAUCCAAGAUAGAAAAACAUCCCGAUGCAGCCAACCUCCUCCUGCGACUGGAUUUUGAAAGAGACAUUAAGCAAAUGCUCCUGUUUCUUAAAGAUUUGGGCAUAGAGGAUACCCAACUGGGACCAUUCCUGACAAAAAACUAUGCUUUUUUCUCUGAAGACCUUGAAAAUCUGAAGACCAGGGUGGCUUAUCUACAGUCAAAAAAUUUCAGUAAGGCGGAUAUUGCACAGAUGGUCAGAAAUGCACCAUUUCUUCUGAGUUUUUCAGUGGAGAGAUUGGAUAACAGACUGGGCUUUUAGAAAGAACUUGAACUUAGUGUGAAGAAGACUCGAGAUCUGGUAAUUCGUCUCCCAAGGCUACUAACUGGAAGACUGGAGCCUGUGAAGGAAAAUAUGAAGGUUUUUCAGCUUGAACUAGGUUUUCAGCAGAAUGAAAUUCAACACAUGAUCACCAAAAUCCCAAAGAUGCUGACUGCAAAUAAAAGGAAACUCACCGAGAUUUUCGACUACGUGCACAACGUGAUGUGCGUGCCCCACCACAUCAUCGUCAGGUUCCCGCAGGUAUUUAAUACAAGGUUGUUUAAAGUCAAAGAAAGACAUUUGUUUCUUGCCUAUUUAGGAAGAGCACAAUAUGACUCGACAAAACCUAACUACAUCUCUUUAGACAAAUUGGUAUCUGAGCCUGAUGGAAUAUUUUGUGAAGGGAUGGCCAAGGCAUCAGUACGGGACUUUGAAAAAUUCUUAAAAACUCUUUAGUUUUUGAUGUAUGGUAGAAUGUAAUGAUGUAAA